AUGAUGCUUUAUCCACUUAAUUUCAUAAAUUUAACAGAAGAAACAAUAUUUUAUGAUCAAAGUGUGAUAAACCAUAGAAACAUAGGACAAUGUGUGUUUCAUAUCCAGCGAAAUUUCGAUUUGUCUAUAAACGUUUCGAAAUUCGACAAAUUUGUUCUCGAAUUAAAAACCAUUGGCCAAUUUGACAUGAACUUUUACCAACAAACAAGUUCCCCAUUAUCAUUUAGAAAUUGCCAUGGUAUUUUUACGAAAUUUAUUGACGGCAAACUCCCGAACUCAUUAAGCAUUUAUGAUGCAUCACGCAUCUUUGAUUCAAAGGAACAUUAUACGAUGAAUAGGUUAUAUUUUCACCAAAAGGCAGAAAUAAGCUCUGAUACCAAAACUUUUCUUCACGUUUCCCCAUUUUAUCUGGAUUUACAUGCAUCCUACAAGAAAAAUAAUAAUGUCACUAUAGUUCCGCGUAACCUCGAGCUAAAUUCAGUGACACAAGAAACAAAUGACGAAAUUACGACAAGUAAUUUGAUAUUAGAAUACCAAACAUACAGCAAAUUCAGAGGUAUUGAGAAUUUAUCUAAUUUAUAUAUCAAUUUUUCUCUUAGCAAAGUUCCAUUUUUGUAUAUCGAAAAUCUUCAAGUUAGAAACGAGAAAUUGAAGAUUCAUUGCUUAAAUAUAGUAUCUUCAGAACAGUUAUUCGUUGAUGAUAUGGUACAGAACAUUUCAAUCGAUGUUGUUUGUUUCAAUCAUUCAAAUGUCAAAGAUUUUCAGGUUGUUUAUAUAUCAGAUCACUGGCAGUUCGAUAGUAAAACAAGGGUGUUUGAUUUAGUACUCAGAGAUAGAGGAGAUCAUAAAUGUUUCGCUUUCGAGAAGAGACAACCAGAUCCGAAAUCUCCUUCUCCGAAAAAGAAUCUGACCCUCUUUAUUGUUUUACCUGUUUCUGUUAUUGUACUUAUUCUUUUGAUUGUUGUACUUACUUUUUAUGUCAUCAAAUGGCAUAAGAAGCAUAGCAUCAAUUCUUUCAUGUCUGCUGAGAUAUCACAGACUGAUGUAACACAAGGAUUGUUAUAG